UUCGCUCGCAGUGCAAAACAUUAACUUGGUAACGUGGUUGUCUAGUGCUCACAGGAGGCUCGACUAGUAACCACCCGGAGGGUGGAGUUGUUUAUUAUCAAAAACGCACGCGUUGAAUAUUGUUGAUUGUGGCUGCUAAUUCUGUAAAGUGGAGCUUGAAGUAUGGCUAAGUUGAGAGAUGGUCUUCUGUUGGGUUGCGGAAAUCCGCUGCUGGACAUCUCAGCCACUGUGGAUGAGACCUUUCUAGCCAAAUAUGACAUGCUGCCGAACAACGCAAUCUUAGCCGAGGAGAAGCACAUGCCGAUUUAUAAGGAACUAAUAGACAACUUCAAGGCGGAUUUCAUUGCCGGGGGCAGUGUCCAAAACUCCUUCCGUGUGGCGCAAUGGAUUUUGCAGCGACCUAAGGUUUCCGUUUUCUUCGGUUGCGUCGGUCGGGAUCAAUAUUCGGAGAUCCUUUCGCAGAAAGCAAUCACCGAUGGGGUGGACGUCCAGUAUCAGUUCUGUCCGGAUACUCCGACCGGCACGUGUGCUGUCUUGAUUACCAACACGCAGCGCAGUUUGUGCGCUAAUCUGGCAGCCGCCAACAAGUUUACGAUCGAUCACUUGAAAUCGUCGGCCAGCGAGUCGCUACUGCAGAAUGCAGAAUAUUUCUACAUAUCGGGGUUCUUCCUAACGGUUAGCGUCGAAAGCAUUCUGACCGUGGCAAAGCAUGCUUUGUCACGCAAUCGACCGUUUAUGAUGAACCUUAGCGCUCCCUUCAUUCCGCAGUUUUUUAGCGAUAACCUUGCUCAAGCAUUGCCAUAUAUCGAUAUUUUGUUUGGGAACGAAACGGAAGCGUUAGCCUUUGCCGAGCAGCAGAAAAUGGGCACCGAAGAUCUGAAACAAAUUGGCCUUAACAUUUCCAAUUUACCGAAGCUGAACGCGGCUCGCCGCCGUGUGGUUAUCAUCACCCAGGGAAGCGAUCCGGUUUUGCUAAUACAGGACGAUAAAGUGACCGAGUUUCCGGUGGAAAAGCUCGAACGCGAGCAAAUCGUGGAUACGAAUGGAGCCGGAGACGCGUUCGUCGGUGGUUUCCUGGCUCAGCUGGUCCAGGAGGAAAGCUACGAAACGUGCAUAAAGUGCGGCAUCUGGACUGCUCGCCAAAUUAUCCAAAGAUCUGGUUGCACAUUCGAGGGCGUGCCUGACUUUAAGGCGUAGGAAAAUUUCUCUAACGCUUGGUUUUUCUAGCAACGAUUGUUUCAAUAAAUUUUGUUUAUUUUUAC